AUGUCGCAGCCCUUUAAUUUAUUUCGCCAAGUGGCUUUACUGGUCUUUACACCACAGUGUUUCGAUAAUUAUUUCAUUGACUUCAAUUUUACUGAUGGUCCCUGUUUCAAAGCUACCCUAAGCAAAGGCCUAGGCCUAGCCUUGAUCCUAGGCUCAAUCCUAGUGAAAGUGCCUCAAAUACUCAAAAUAUUGAAAAGCAAAAGCGGUGAAGGCAUCAAUUUAUUCAGCGUUACUUUAGAUUUGACUGCCAUCUCUAUUUACAUGUCUUACAGCUUAGUCAAUGGAUUUCCCUUCAGUUCUUGGGGAGACACAUUUUUCUUGGGCAUACAAACUGUUGCUAUAGGUGUUCUAGUGUUAUUUUACAAUGGAAAGAAAGUUCAGGCGGCUUUGUAUUUAGUUGUAUACUUGCUGGCGUGUUUUGCACUUUGUACUGCAACCCCUAAGCAAGUUUUAUGGACACUAACAUCCAUUAACAUAUUUAUAGUAGUCAGUGGCAAGCUGCUGCAAGCAUGGACAAAUUUCCAGAAUGGGCACACUGGUCAAUUGGCGGCAGUCACUCUGAUAAUGCUUUUGGGCGGUUCUGCUGCUCGAAUUUUCACUUCGAUUCAGGAAACUGGUGAUUCGGUUGCUAUUUUGACCUACGUGGCCAGUACGGCUGUGAAUGCUGUGCUUGUAGUGCAGCUAGUCUAUUACUGGAAAGCAACUGAGGCUCUGAAAAAUAAGAAGAAACAUUAA